AUGCUGGAACUUUCUUACAUCAGUCUUCUCCCAUUACCAGUUUAUGUGGCCAUUGUGGGUUCUCUGCUGUUGUCUAUAGGCGUCUUCCUCAGGGGAUUCUUCAACAUGGCUACUCCUGAACUUCCGGUGUUGCACUAUCGGGAAUCAUCGUUGAACUCUCACAUUUUGAAUAAGUGCAAGUUAAAGAAUCGUUACUUCAGUCCUAACUUCCUGUUGAGCUCGCGCCAUAUACAGACAGUACUUCCGGUGAUUUUACCCAAACCGGAUGUGACCUAUGAAAGGGAGUACCUACAGAUGCGAGACAAGGGAGUAGUGGCCUUGGACUGGGUCAUCUCUCCACAUGUCAAGGUUAAGAGGUAUGUCUAUCAUCAUCAAAUGCUUACCGACUGGCUUUGGCGAUCAUGCCUUUCCACAGUCUGCAAUCUGCAUCUACGUGUAUCAAGCUUCGGCGAUCCUUCAGAUCUGCGACAGGUUAUCAAAUACAUCAAACUGCGAAUGCCCAAGUCACAGUUGGCCGCGGUGGCGUAUGGGACAGGCUGCGGAUUGUUACUGUCUUAUCUGGGUGAAUUUGGCUCUUCGGCGCUGCUCACAGUUGGUACCUGCAUCUCCCCAUGCUACGACGUGCCUCUGAGAUUCUCAUCCCGUGUCAGCAACCUCUACGAUCUGGUGCUCCUCCUUCGGCUCAAAUCCUUACUCUGCCAUCACGCCAAAGCGCUCAUGGACGUGUUGGACAUUGAUAAAGCCAUAUCAACGUGGACGUUUUCUGAAUACGAUAAAUUAGUAUACUGCCCGUUUUAUGGUUAUUCCGAUAUGGAGCAAUUCUGGGAAAUGAACAACCCAGUUCGAGAUGUGGACGAUAUUGAGGUGCCAGUCCUCUGUGUGAACAGUUUGGACGACCCCGUCAGUGCAUGUUCAGACAUUCCCUACGACCUCUUCAAAUGCUACCCUAACUUCCUUCUUGUAGCAACAAGCAAAGGCGGCCAUUGUGGUUUUCUUGAGGGCUUCCCGCCCAAAUCUUGGGCAGACAUCUUGUGCCUGGAUUAUAUCGAAUCCGUUGUGGAAUUCACCUCAAAAAACACUCAACAUCAGCAACAUCGACCUCGAUACCAUUCAGUUUCAGGGAGUGGCAAUUUUGGGUCUAGCAGUUCAAUCAAUAAAUCGGCAAGCCCUAACAGCAACUACCAAAGCAAUUCUUCCAGCCAGCCUCGAAGUCGCUGCAACACGUUGUCCAGGAAACGAAGUACUGAGAGGUUCACUAUAUGA